CCUAUCUAAUGUCUCUCACCAGUUCGAAGCGUUUGAAACUCUCGUCUCUCAAGACGCGCAGUCACCAGCUGACUGGCGACCCAGAGAAUGAGAAACAAUGGGUGAAAAUGACGGGAGCUCGAAGUCACCUGAGAGCAACUGGAUUUACAGACACCGACUUUGUGAAGCCAAUCAUCACAGUGGCUUGUCCGUAUAGCAAUGCUCUACCUUGCAACAAUCAUUUCCGUCAACUUGGGGAUAUGAUAGUGGAAGAGGUGGAAAAGAGAGGCGGAAAAGCGUUUCUUUGUCAAACACCGGUUGUUAGCGAUGGCGAGACGAUGGGCACAAACGGCAUGAAGUACUCUCUCAUUUCUCGUGACUGGAUUGCAGACUGUGUGGAGAUAAUGCAUGAGGCAUAUGCAGCCGAUGCUGUAAUAGGUCUGGGCGGCUGCGAUAAAACUGUACCUGGUGUUCUCAUGCCAAUUGCUAGACUAAACAGUAUUGGUGCCUGUUUGUAUGGUGGGACGAUUCUUCCCGGACACUGUGAAGGUCGUGCUGAAGCAUUGGAUGUGCGAAGUGUAAUGGAGGCCAUAGGAUCUUACGGUGCCGGUCUAAUUGAUGUUGAAGAGCUCCAUAAGGUGGAACGUUGUGCUCUGCCUGGAUCCGGUGCUUGUGGAGGCAUGUAUACUGCCAACACCAUGUCAUGUGCUGUUGAAGCUCUCGGAAUGGCGUUGCCAGGUACAGCAACAGGACCCGCUGUUGAUACAGACAACAAGGUGACUUUGAAGAAGAAAGACGACUGUAAGAGAAUUGUUGAAGCUCUUUUCAAUCUCAUGGAAACAAAAGUUUCAGCUCGACAGAUUCUUACAAGAAAAGCAUUUGAAAAUGCUGUUGCAGUCAUGUAUGCAGUUGGAGGGUCAACGAAUGGUGUUCUGCAUCUCCUUGCUCUUGCACAUGAGGCGAAGGUCAAGCUUGAGAUUGAAGAUUUCAACAUAAUUGGUGAACGUGUCCCAAUCAUUGUUAAUGUGUCUCCGCAUGGAAAGUAUCAUACUGCGGAUAUUGAUGCUAUUGGCGGAUUACCAGUUGUGAUGAAGGAACUUUUAUCUCACGGCCUCAUUCACGGGCAAUGCCUCACAGUCUCAGGCUCAACUGUAGCUGAGAAUUUAGCCGGUGUGCCAUCGUUGUCCGACUUAGGUACCCAGGAUAUUGUUUACUCGGUUGACGUGCCGUUUUCGCCUGCUGGAAGACACAUUCUGAUACUUCAGGGAAAUCUCUCACCAGAAAGUGCUGUCUUGAAACUAAGUGGCAAGCAAUUGGACAAGCCAUUUGUUGGUCCAGCUGUGGUGUUUGAUGGUGAGCAUGAAGCCUUUGAUGCUGUGAUGGCUGGAAGAAUAAAGGCUGGUGAUGUGCUCGUUAUACGUUAUGAGGGGCCAAAGGGCAGCCCGGGUAUGCCAGAGAUGCUGAGUCCUAGUGCUGCCUUGGUCGGCUCUGGACUUGGUAAGUCUGUGGCUCUAGUAACAGACGGUCGUUUCAGUGGUGCAUCCCACGGCAUUAUGAUUGGUCACGUGACUCCCGAGGCUCAAGUAGGGGGUCCAAUAGCUGUCGUACGAGACGGUGACCUGAUCCGUAUUGAUGCAUCGAAGAGACAACUUUCAGUCGAGAUUUCGGAUGACGAGCUAAGUCGCCGUUUGGCAGACUGGCAGGCUAAGUCUCUGCCAGACAGUGGCUUGUUGGCUAAAUAUUCUCGAGUCGUGUCUAGUGCUCAUACAGGAGCAACAACACACUAGAUGCUGGAUCAAUCUAUUCCAAUUUUCUGAACAUGAAAUUGAUGGUAUUUUUGUGAUUUCUUGUUUUUAUGUUGAUGAUGGCUUGAAUGACUUUGAUGGGUCGAUCGAUGAAUUUGGUUGGGCAUAAGCCUGUCGUUGUGAAUGCGAAAUGUUUGCCACUGUGGCAAUCUGAGAGGCGA